GCGUCCGAUGACGAGUUUACAUUCGUAGAGACCGGUCGGCAACAUGUCGGCGGUAGCCGAAAGCGUAACACCAACCAAUCAUCUUUAAGGUGAUUAAUAACAAUCGCAUAAAUGACAUCGGACAAUGACGCGUUUCAAAAUUCAAAGGAUGAAGUUUUUUAUAUUUUUGUCGAUCUUUCUACUCGGUCAAAUCGCGGUGUGCAGUGGAACCUUUCGAGAAAGAAGUGUCGGGCGUGAAGGCUCCGUAGCGAAAAGUGUCAUAAACGGUGAAGUUUUGUCCUCGUCUAUAGAAAAAAAGCAGCAUAAUGAAGCACCCUCUUCGUCAUUGCUAUCGUCUUCUUCGUCACUGACGAAAGUCAUCGAUGACGGGAAUAUGGGCGGCAAUGAAAAGCCGCCGAACAACAUAACCUCCAAAUCGUUCGUCGAAGUUUCGAAUGGAACGAUACAGACAACGACGUUAGCGUCAAAAGAGCACAUAACAGAUGGUCAUCUAACGUCCUUGAAUUCUGGAGCUCUCCUACGUGGCUUUUGCGUCUUUAUAGGAUUGAGCAUUUUGGUCAUGGCCUAUAUCGUGUUCCGUAGCUUUAGGUUCAGUAAAACACGGGCACAGAUGAUUCGAAAGUACGGUAUUCUUGCUCAUAGGCAAGACGUUGAAAUGCGACCAUUACCGUUAGAAGAAGAAGAUGACGAAGAUACUACUGUUUUUGAUGCCAGCAAUGUUUUAACUAAUAAUGCUCAACAUCAAAACUUGUGAGAAUGUUUCUGUUAGGAACAUGACAUUUUCUAAGCUUUUAUGUAUGGUACGUUAACAAUACGCCUCUUCGAUAGUUUGUUAAAUCGAACUAUUCUUUUCAUUAAUGGCAUUUGUACAAAACAAGAGAAACAAAAUACUUCAUAGUUAUCUCUUUAUUUAACAGCAUCGUGAUAUUGCUAUCAAAAACACAAUAUAUUCGUGCGUAUUGGCUACAUUGCUAUAUUGCAUUAAUUGUAUCAUUAUCGACAAAAUGUUCUUUAUCUUUGCAAUGCAAAUAUAUAUAUAUAAUACUAUCAAAUUUGUGGCACCCACUGUUCGUGUAUUAAUAAAAAAUAUCGGGUUGCCUAAUCUACUACUACACAAAGUAAACUAUGUUGUUAUAAUUAAAAUUAAACAAAUACAGAUUAUCUCUAUUUUAUUUAAUGCUAAACAUUUAAUAAAAAUUAUGUAUAAAAUUGUA